CGUUUUCUUUCGUCCAGAAACGGCACAGCAGGACCCCUGUCUGAGGGCUCAACCGCGCCUAACCCCUGCUACAGAGUUUUACAACAAAAGGCAACAACUUGGAAAGUGUUUUUCAGUGGAGUUACAUGGGAAUUUAACCCCGGACGGGAGGAGAACAAAGGGGAGGGACGGUCUGAGCUGAUGGACUUGGAGAUGAGAUAGCGCUCAUAAUCUCCCCCAUCUCCCCAUCCUUCCCCGCCGGACGGACGGUUCUUAUUCUUUCCGGAUGAUGUAACUGUUUUAUGACAGACUGGGCUCGGAUUUAUCCUCGCCGCGCACGAAGUGCUCAUAUUUUCCUUUAAUUAUCAGCGCACGGUGAUAUCCGACUGCAAGCCGCAUCCUCUGGUUUUAGGAGCCCGUGUCCAGGUUUCGGUGAGGGGGCUCAGCUCAGCGGGACGUUGCGCAGUGCUCAGCGGGCUGUUCCCCGGGGUCGGUGAGCGGUGGUGCAGUCAUGUGGCAGAGGAUUCAGAUUUGCUGCGCACUGUUUGCACUGUAUUCAGCGGCACCGCCUGCACACAUCAACCGUCUGGCGCUGUUCCCUGACAAGAGCGCCUGGUGCGAAGCCAAGAACAUCACACAGAUAGUUGGGCACACGGGAUGUCAGCCUCGCUCUAUUCAAAACAGAGCUUGUCUGGGCCAGUGUUUCAGUUACAGCGUCCCCAACACGUUCCCACAGUCAACGGAGUCUCUGGUGCACUGUGACUCCUGCAUGCCUGCCCAGACUCAGUGGGAAGUGGUGACUCUGGAGUGCCCGGGCAGUGAAGAGUCUCCUCGUGUGGACAAGCUGGUGGAGAGGAUCUUCCACUGUAGCUGCCAGUCCUGCAGUAAGGAAGGUGCCCAGGAGGGGGCGGUGAUGCAGCUGUAUCCAGCAGACAACAUCCUGGACGCUCCGUCUUUAUCCGACACCCUCAGCGGCGCUCAGUCUCAUCCUCUGCCCCCUUCAGACACACACUCUAACAAGCAUGCUCAUCCACACAAAGACCAUCACACACUACCGCAUACAUCAGACGGAGGGUAGGCCCGUCAUUGGUCUGACUCUUUUUGUCACUUUGCUCAUCUCUUCCGCCCUCUCUACUCUCCUCCACACCAAUGUACCAAUCUGUAGUAUUGUAAAGGCACUUUGAAAUAUGACUUCACUUUGUGUUUGAAAAGUUUCUCUAAAGGCGUGCACACACACACACACACACACACACACACACACACACACACAUAGACACACACUCACAAAGUCAUGCUAUCAGAUUACACUAUUGUAUAUAAACUCGUACAAACACGCCAGCCUAUGCACUCUUUUUGUUCGCUGAUUAAACAUGCAUAUGUGUGCAUCCAGAUAUGACUAUAGUCUGUUAACAAGCUGUAGUCUCAUUACUUUUAAUCUGCUUUAAUGCAAUAAAUUCUAUUGUUGUGAUAA